GCCCUGCCAUAUACUAUAUCACGCUUGCCAUAACCUUGCCAUGACGAUUGCCAGUCCCUAUUUCUGUUGAUUGUUGGAACCGACGAUACGAACCCACUGCGAGGUCGAGAUGAUUCCUCCGGGGCAAGAAGCACCAGCUGCGCCUGAGGCUGUGGAAAAGCCUGUCGGAACCGAGACGACAACCGAGAGCGAGAAGCCCCUGCCAUGGCCAAAGGUUGAGGUUGAGACAACAGACUCAUACUCAGACGCCGAACAUAAAUUCGACAUUGUAGCAGUCCACGGACUCUACGGCAACAACGAGUCCUGGGCCAGCAAGAAGGAUGGCUCCGACUCCUGGCUGAAGGAUCUGGCUGUUGCGAAAGAUUGGGAGGCUAGAGUUGUCCGGUAUGGCUGGGACACAGACGAUCUGGCGAAGUCGCUGUACACGAGGAUGGCUAUUAAGGGAGAGGCACUCAGACUGCUGGAGAAAAUAGCGGAACUGAGGAAAGGACAAGAGAGGCCCUUGCCCUUGGCCUUCUUUGGGCACGACGUAGGAGGGAUCAUUGUCAAGGAGGCACUGUUCCUAGCCGGCCAUCAUGGGAACAAGUACGCAGAUAUCAGGUGCUCGACGCGUGUCAUCAUGUUCUAUGGCUGUCCUCACCUCAGCAAUAGUUUUCAGCAUAUGGAGACCAACAUUGCCAGAUUUCUGGUUGGUGGGGCUGAAGGAAUGGGUACUGUUCAAGAUGCGAAGUCUCUCACGAAGUCCAUCAUUGCUGUGAACGACUCCUUCCUGCAGACUAGAAUGCCCACUCGGGCGACAAUUUUCAAUGGAAUCUCAAAGAGUCAAACCAUAAAUGCGCAGGUAUUUGAUGGGUCCACGACAUUAUUCCGCACUCCUUUUGAAGUGAUCAUUGAAAUCAAGAGACCGCAUAAGGAUUUGAAUCACGAACCCGAGGAGAAGGAUGAUUUCCAUGGGCUUCAUACGCUAGGAAUGAAGAGGGCUGCAUCUUUUCCCUGGCGCAAUGACAGGAUGUCCCCAUUCAUUGCCGUUAUUGACUCCCAGGCGGUUCCAGUCUAUCCUCUAAAAACGCUUUGCGAUGUUCCACAUACGUUCAGCUGGCUAGGAGAGAAUCCAGUCUUCAAGGAAUGGCGCAACAAUCGGCACAACUACUUUCUACACCUCUAUGGCUCGCCGAGAAUUGCUCAGGUGGCUGAGUACGCUUUGCAAGUCGUUGAAGAUGGUCGAAGCGGCCUCUUCGAAAUUCUUUACUUCAAAUUCAACAAAUAUGACAUACGCCGCAAUUCUAUCGGAGCCAUGGCAAACAGCUUCAUAUCUCAAAUCCUCAGUCAAUGCCGAGACUCUCCAUCAAGUCUGGUAGAAGACCUGGAACCGCCAGACUUCAGCGACUGCUGGACGGACAAAGACGCACUCAUCUUCCUGGAUAAGAUUAGGGUCUGCAUGGGGAACGCGGGGCGAGUGACGUGGAUCCUCGACGGCCUGGAUCAGUGUGAUGAGUCGGGCCGCGGGUUCCUGUCCCAGCUUAUAAGUUUUCCUACACGCUCUGAACAGUACUUCAAGGUAGUUAUUACCACUACUGAUGAUGAUUAUAUUCGCGAUACCCUAAUAGAGUUUCCUUCAAUCAAUGUCGGAGAACACGAGCCUAAAACACAGCUGGACGAGAAGACUAACUUUCUACGCUUGACUGAACUGUUCCAAGAUCGCCCCCAACUCUGUUCCUUCGAGUCAGGCAUUCGAAAUCUCAUCAUUUCCUGUGGCGAUGACGUUCAGCUGCGUCGUCUAAUCAUCGAAUGGCUCCGGGGCACUCGAUUCACGACACAACGGGCGAUGGAGCAAAAGGUUCGAAUGCUUUCUCCACUUGAACCGAGGGACAUCUUUGAGAUGAUCUUGAAUGGGAUGACAGAGGAUCGACGACGUUGGGCUCAAAAGGUUAUAAUGUGGAUGCUGUGCCCUUUUCGACCACUGACCCCUGGAGAGCUUGAGAUGGCUCUCGCGAUGGACGAGGCAUUAGACGAACCUACACUGGAAUUUCAUCUCGACUUUAUGGAAGAGAUCAACGAGUGUUUUGGGCCCUUGGUUGUCGUGAACAAUGGUGAAGUCCAUUUCAGUCAUCCAUCCGCCAGGGAAAUUUUCUCAUACGAAAACACCUCACUCGAGGAUCCUCGUCCGUGGUACCUCUUGGAUGUCCCUGAGGAAAGCCACAGAAAUAUUGUCGAUGUCUGCCUUCGCUAUCUUGCAUUGCCUAGCGUUCAAGACCGCAUAGCGGCUGCUUGUAAUGCCUCGCCGAACACCGAACCAAUCUGUGAAGGCCAUUCAGAUCUCCUUUCUUACGCCAUUCUAUUUUGGCCACAGCACUAUCGCUUGGGCUAUGAGGUAGCCCCCGAUAUUUCUACAACAAAGGCUAUCUCCAGCUUCCUUCAUGACAACAAGGCGCUUCAGCGUUGGGCAGCGGCGAGUUGGUACUUCUCCAAUUCAUCCAUCAGAUCAGACCGAUCAUUCUUGUCACCCUUACCAAUCAUCGCGUCACUCGGGCUAGAGAAACUGGCCCUUGCUCUCAUCAAGGGUCAGGAACCAUGUGAAGAUAAAAUUGUCGUCAUGGCACUUUCUGAGGCUGCCCGCCAUGGCCAUAGGGCUGUUGUCCAAGCCAUCAUGCAAACGUCGAGCAUAGAUCAACCAGGCUAUAUGGAAGCAAUGAUUGCGGCAGCACGCUCGGCGGAAUUUGAUAUCCUACAAGACUUGUUGAACCAUGCAACGGCAGAGUUCAAAGCACUCCAGCUCCCCGACAUUCUCACUUCCCGGGUGGCAUUCUUUGGUGUCGAUGGCAUGCUGGAGUCUCUCAUAAAAGCCGGUGCUGAAGUCAACUCGCCAGGUCAGCCCGAAUACUCACCACCCCUUCACUGCGCAGCUAUGAGGAACAACAUUUCGACCGUCGAUAUCCUUCUGAAACACGGUGCGAAUGUUGCUGCUCCCAACACCAACUGGAAGAACAGCCCACCGAUCGUAGUGGCUGCUAAAUAUGGCCAUGCAGCCAUAGUCAAAAAGCUGGUCGAAGCUGGCGCCUCUGUAGAAAGCAAAGACAGCGAGGAAAAGCCGGCACUUUGGUGGGCAGCAUUGCUUGGUCAGCAUGAGGUUGUCCGAUCACUCAUUGAUGCUGGUUUUGGAGCGGAUGUGGAUGGCGCGGGCAAUGACAAGCCUAUUGUUCAUGCCGCCAUGUCGGGCAAACGAGAGGUGUUGGACAUUUUUCUUGAAAAGGGGGCAGACAUCGACGUACUUGUUGAGGGCGAUGACUUUGCUCAAACUCCUCUCAUCGCGGCAGCAGACCUAAACCAUAAGGACCUUGCCAGCGUUCUCCUCGAGAAAAAUGCCGCCCUCGAGCUAGCACUCUCAAACGGAGUGACUGCGCUCUUCAGGGCCGCGGGGAGAGGGAAUCUUGAGAUCGCAAAGCUAUUGAUUGCCGCUGGCGCGAACCUUAAAACGGUAGCGUAUGAAAAACAAUGGGGGUUGCUCCAUAUUGCUCACGACCAGGUGGAGACAAUGAAGGUUCUCCUCGAUGCCGGAGCAGAUAUCGACGCGACUUGCCGCGAUGGUAGUCGAGCACAACUUUUUUUUUCUUCGUCCCAAGGUCGGUUAGUAAGCUCGCCGCUUCUACUCAGGCGCUAAUUACCCUCGGCUCACCCUCUCCUCACCCAGCUCACCUGAGUAGCCUGAGCAACCUGAGCAGUCCCUGAGCAGCCCCUGAGCAGUACCCACUUCUCACUUACGUAUUUAAUCUCUAAUUAGACUAGAUAUAGACUAGAGCCUUUUAUUUUCAUUUUUGUCAAGUUUUGGCAAUAAUCCCUAGGGAGCCCAAAUAGACUUCUAAGGAUCUCGAACUAG